ACACACUUACCAAUAAAUAAAAAAAGAAGUGAUUUAUUCCAACCCAACAGGAGACCGGAGGCAUAGAACAUGCACUUGCCGUUUGACCCAAACCUAGGAAGGUUCGGAAAGUCUAAUCCAACAAAGAGUCCUCAAGUCUCGACUCGUCUCUCUUCCUCGUCUAACAGCAUUCUAAAUACAAAAUACACUUUUAAUAAUAAGCGCUAAGCGCUAACACAGACAGUGAUCGAAACAAAAGCUGAAACACCGGAAAAUAGUGAAGGUGUGCAAAUUCAACCAAAACCAGCCUCUUCUUUGGAACCAGUUUACUGCCUUCGCUGCAAUUGCCGUAACAUCCCGAUGGACAUGGAUUCCAGCGACUAGGGUUUCGCGUUUCAAACCGAAAAGCGCAAUCUUUGUUUAUCUGGAUUCUUUCUGCGACUUUUCUGUGUUUCUUCGGAAUUCCGUUUUGAUGAUUGUGAGGAACUCGGAGAUCGAGAUGCCACCAUGUCGGCAUUCCCCCCGAAUUGACACUCUAGAGCUCAAAGCUCAGAUCGUCAGGAAGUUGGGACAUCAGAAGGCAGUGAAAUACUUUAGUUACCUCAGCAGAUUAUUAAGCCUCAAGCUUUGCAAGUCCGAGUUCGAUAAACUCUGCAUUAGUACCAUUGGGAGGAAGAAUCUCUCUCUUCACAACCGGCUUAUUGGAUCCAUUCUCAAGAAUGCCUCUGUUGCUAAGACUCCCCCAUUGAGAGGGAGCAGGGUAGAAACUCUCCUUAAUGUUAAAAAUGGGUAUAAGUAUCAAGGAAGUAAUCUUCAGAUGCUCUCUGGAGAAGUCUUUCCUCCAUCCCCUCGCAAGGGAAGGUCUUCAAGUCUUCGAGUGCUCAAGUCUAGGGAUGGCCUGAGUUCCCUUGGGCCCCAUGGGAAGAUCCAGAGCAUGGUCUGCGAUGAACCAGCUCCUGCUGCUCAAGAGCAGCAAAGUGCUACAGAGCUGUUUUCUCUAGGUAGCAGACCCCCUGCAGAAGUUGUUUCUGUUGAAGAGGGAGAAGAGGUUGAACAGGUGGCUGCCAGCCCAAGCAUUCAAAGUAGAAGCCCUGUCAGAGCUCCUCUUGGUAUCCCUAUAAAUAUGGCCGGAUCACGUAAAUUUCUUUGCAAUGGACCCUUAUCUGCUAUUCCCCUAGAGACCUGUCAUAACAGCUGUGAGCUACCAGAUACCAGGUCUUUAAGGAAACGAUUGGAACAGAAGUUGGAGAUGGAGGGACUUCGCAUCUCAGUGGAUUGUGUUAAUCUGUUGAACAAUGGGUUGGAUGUGUUUCUGAAGAGGUUGAUUAAACCCUGCAUGGAAUUAGCUGGAUCAAGGGGUGGGCAUGAACACCUAAAGCAAGUUGGGUUGGUCAAACCUGCUUUGAAUGGGAUAUUAUCUGAGAGAUGCAUGCAAAGAUCUAGCCACUCACUUCCUGCAUCCUUGUUGGAUUUUCGGGUGGCAAUGGAAUUAAAUCCUCAAAUACUUGGAGAAGAUUGGCCCAUUCAACUUGAGAAGAUUUGCUUGCGUGCAUCAGAGGAAUGAAGAAGAGAAGUCUGAUUCAUAUUGAAUGAGUUGGAGUUUUUUUUGAUUGGUAUUGAAUGAGAUUAAGUUCAUCAAGCAGUGCUGAUAUAGAGUUGUUAGAUUGAGAUUCACUUCUGACAUGCAUCUUGACAGUCAUCUCUCAUGCAAUUUUUACUGGUCACACCUGGAAAUAAGUUGUCAAUGCUAUGAAUAAUUGAAGGAUUGGAUAGGAGUAAGUAUAAGCACCGGCAUUUCCUGGGAUUCUGGGACAUGUUAAUACAGAAAAAUGUAAACUUACAAAUACUAGAAGAAUCUCAGAACUUUUUGACCCUUUUCAGCUGAUAUCCUUUAUUUGAUCAUUGUAUUAACUUGCACUUGUAAAUAAAACUUUAUCUGUCUUCAAAGAGA